UCACUUGGCAUAGUGUUGGCCUUUUCCCCAACAUCUUCCUCUCCCUCACUGCUGUGGAAAACUAUCGAUAAACCAACGAUAAACCAAGUGGGACCCCUGGACUAAAGAGUGCACAUUUUUCUCCCAAGACAACCUACAGAAGAAGGCUGCAACCCUUCAGCCUUUAAGGACUGACAUCACUGCAAGAGUGUGAGAGGCUGCACAGUGUCCCAUGGCUGUGCAGGAGCUGGGCAUCAGCAUGUCCAUGUUAGGCGUCGCUGGGACCAUCCUGAUCUGCGCUCUGCCCAUGUGGAAGGUGACGGCAUUCAUCGGCACCCAUCUGGUGGUCAUGCAGGUGUUUUGGGAAGGCCUUUGGAUGACCUGUGUCAGUGAGUACACAGGCCAGCUGCAAUGUAAGCUCUAUGAUGCCCUGCUGGACCUGUCCCCAGACCUCCAGGCGGCCCGCGGCCUCAUCUGCAUCAGCCUGGUGCUGGGAUGUUUGGGAUUCCUCAUCUUUGUCCUAGGAGCACGCUGCACCAACUGCCUGAGCCACCCGAGGUUCAAGGCCCGGGUGGUGCUGAGCUCUGGGGCCAUCUUCUGCCUGGCAGCCCUCACCACCAUGGUUGCUGUUUCCUGGUCGGCCAACUCCAUCAUCAGAGACUUCCACAACCCGCGCGUUCCUGAGGUGCUGAAGAGGGAGCUCGGAGCAGCCAUAUAUAUUGGCUUUGUGACAUCUGGGCUGCUGUUCUGUGGGGGAGCCAUUCUGUGCACAAGCUGCCCACCACAGAGGGCCAGGUUCCCCUCCAGUGGGUACACACUGGCCAGGACACCCACACACAGCAGCUACGCUAUCAAGAACUAUGUGUGAGGACUGAGGGCUGAAAACACACCACCACCAAGUCCCCACUUAAAGGCCCAGUGUGUAGGAUUUACUAACAUCUAGCGGUGAGGUUACAGGUUGCAACCAACUGAAUACCCCUCCAAUCACCCCUCCCUUUCCUUUUUUAUUUGUAUUGGUGCAAAAACAAAACAGCAGUGGCUUUAAAGGCGGCACAACAAUGAUAAGAAGAAUAUAAGAAAACAAUGUGACGUACAGAAAUUGACACGAUACAGCGGGACCACGCUCACACACGCACAUAAUAAACGCUCACACAUGCCUCUUUGGCCUCGUUGUUUGGUUCAGUGUAAAAAAGCAAAGCUGGCAUCGUAGCGGAUCUUCUUUACGGUAGUAUUACACGAUCUGUGUAGAAGGGGGCAGUGUUUUAUUUGUCCGUUCUGGGCUACUGUAGAAACAUGGUGGUACAACUUCGACACCGUGGAAGAGGACACACUCCCUGUGUAGAUAUGAGGGGACUUAUUACACGCUAAUGAAAACACAACCAUUCUUAGUUUCAGGUGAUUGUAAUGAAAAUAUAUGUAUGGACAUUAUAUUACAUUUCUGCUAAUAGAUCCCUCUAAAUCCUCCACACUGGACCUUUAAGGAUAAAUGAAUUGAUAUAAUGCAAUUGACCAUAUAUAGAUUGAAAACCAUAUGUUGUAUGUUUAAAGAUAUGAAAGGACUCUAAAGGUUUGAUUUGUGAUACAUUCUGAUAUGUUGUCAUUUUUUCUUCAAGGUGACGCACAUGGAUUUGACCAUUAUUAAUAGUUAGUGUAGUUCUGUCCACAGUAGAGUCAACACCGGCCAUUUGCAGACGUUUCUUAAUCUUGGUUGUCACGACACAUGCUGUUGAAUGCUUAGACCUCCAUAUUGUAGAAUAUAUAUCAGUGUAUGUCUGAUACAGCUAACAUUCUCUGACAUCUUUUGAAAUAGCUGCAAUUUGUCAGAAUGAAUCAUAAUAUGGAUUUCCCUGGUUUUAUGAAGAAUGACUUUGUUGUCAAUUCCUUUCAAAAAGAAGUGAGUUGUUCCCCUGUAGUCCAUGACAUAUUAGAAAACAGACAAUUACAUUUUUAGUGAAAUUAUAAACACAGAACAUUUGCCAUGUUUGAAGCUUGUUUGUAUGUUAGAAUUCAAAAUAAACAGUGUGGAGUAAACAUG